AUGAGUAACAUCACUUUGCAGCCUGUGGGCCUCGUUGACUCUUCUAAACAUUAUUGGUAUCAAAGAAUAGACACCACGAGUAUGGACAAUUUCCAAAGCUCAGAUGACCUUCCCACGACUUUCACCCAGUAUGUUGUAGCCUACGGCGGUGAAAAAUAUUUCUACCCUGGUACAGACUACGAGAAACUGCCCCUGCCUGAGGCUGCUAUAACUCUUCUUGGUGACUACAAGACAGUCGCAGAUCAGCGACUGAGGAUUGAGCAAGAAGUGUAUACAUCGUAUGGGAAUCUAAAGGAUUACUUCCAAUCCUAUGCGAGUACGGCACACCUGAGAUAUAAUUUAGCCCUAAAUUACUUGGGCCAACUAAGCGCGCAAAUUGCAGUGGAUAACACUCCCAACGCCGAUGAUCUCCAAGGCUUGCAUGCCAUUGUUGAAGAGCGAUCCAAUGUCAGCAGCAAGAUGGAACAAACAGCAUCCGACCUUGUAACAACCCUCAUGGAGAUUAGCUCGACUCUCAGUUCGCGGAUUGAAAGUAUUAACCAGAAUGUCACCGAUCUGGAUCGUGAAUGCAAACUUACUGCGGCUGAGGUAAGUAUCUUCGUUAUCGGGGCCGAAGAUAGAAAUUCUUCAGCAACAGUAAGACGGUGUAUAUCUGCAUUGGGAUAUACGCAAUUGGCAUCCCAAGUAACCGGUGAUGCCCAAGCAGUGUGCGAUGAGAUGGGAAUUAUGAUCAAUGAAAUGCAAGCGGAACAAGGCAGAUGGAGAAACAUCACCUCGGAUCUAACUGAUAUUGAAAAAUAUAUUACCAAAGAACAAACCACCGCGAUUCAAAUCAUAGCUAGUCUGGAUAACGAGCAGAUCAUCGAAAGAUGGCAAGAACUGGGUGAUAUAGUUGAAUAG